CAGGCAGGCCCGAGCAUGAGUGCCAGCGCGGUCCCGGCCGGAGCUCUGUCCCAAAGAAAGCGCCAGCAGUAUGCCAAAAGCAAGAAGCAGAGCAGCACGGUCAACAGCAGGCCGCCCCGCGCCCUCUUCUGCCUCACUCUCAACAACCCCAUCCGGAGAGCCUGCAUCAGCCUGGUCGAAUGGAAGCCAUUCGAUAUCUUUAUAUUACUCUCUAUUUUUGCCAACUGCGUGGCCUUAGCUGUUUACAUUCCCUUUCCUGAAGAUGACUCCAAUGCCACCAACCAUGACCUGGAAACAGUAGAAUAUGCCUUCCUUAUCAUUUUUACAAUUGAAACCUUUUUGAAGAUUAUAGCGUAUGGAUUAGUGAUGCACCAGAACGCGUAUGUGAGAAACGGCUGGAACAUGCUGGAUUUUAUAAUCGUAGUCGUAGGGUUAUUUAGCGUAUUUUUGGAAGUAUUAACCAAAGAGGGAGAUGCAGGGAGCCACCAGUCGGGCGGAAAGCCGGGUGGCUUCGAUGUCAAAGCCCUUCGAGCCUUCCGAGUGCUGCGUCCUCUCCGCCUGGUGUCAGGAGUGCCCAGUUUACAAGUAGUUUUGAAUUCCAUUAUAAAAGCCAUGGUCCCUCUACUCCACAUAGCCCUGUUGGUUUUAUUUGUAAUCAUCAUUUAUGCCAUUAUAGGAUUGGAGCUCUUUAUUGGAAAAAUGCACGCAACAUGUUAUAUUUCUGGCACAAAUACAAUAGGUGAAGAUGAACCAGCACCAUGUGCAAUCUCAGGUCACGGGCGCCACUGCCCCAUCAACGGUACUGUAUGCAAAGAAGGCUGGCACGGCCCGAACGGAGGCAUCACCAACUUUGACAACUUCGCUUUCGCAAUGCUGACAGUGUUCCAGUGCAUCACCAUGGAGGGCUGGACCGACGUGCUGUACUGGAUGAACGACGCCAUGGGCUUCGAGCUGCCCUGGGUUUACUUCGUCAGCCUGGUCAUCUUCGGGUCCUUCUUCGUGCUGAAUCUGGUUCUGGGAGUAUUGAGUGGAGAGUUCUCCAAAGAGAGGGAGAAGGCCAAGGCCCGUGGAGACUUCCAGAAGCUGAGGGAGAAGCAGCAGCUUGAGGAGGACCUGAAGGGUUACCUGGACUGGAUCACCCAGGCCGAGGACAUCGACCCAGAGAACGAGGAGGAGGGCGAAGGCAAGCGCAACCCGAGCAUGCAGGCCAGUGAGACGGAGUCGGUGAACACGGAGCACCCCAAUGGAGAGGACGAGAAGGUGCACUGCUGCGGUCCUCUCUGUCAAAAAAUUACAAAGUCAAAGUUCAGUCGACGCUGGCGUCGCUGGAACCGCUUCUGCCGCCGGAAGUGCAGGGCGGCUGUAAAAUCUGUCACCUUCUAUUGGCUGGUGAUCAUCCUGGUGUUCCUCAACACGCUCACCAUCUCCUCUGAACACUACGACCAGCCCGACUGGCUCACAGAAGUGCAGGAUGUGGCCAAUAAGGUUCUGCUGGCGAUGUUUACCUGUGAGAUGUUGGUGAAGAUGUACAGCCUCGGGCUGCAGGCCUACUUUGUCUCCCUCUUCAACCGCUUCGACUGCUUUGUGGUGUGUGGGGGCAUCGUGGAAACCAUCCUGGUGGAGCUGGAGAUCAUGUCCCCCCUCGGCAUCUCUGUGUUCCGCUGUGUCCGUCUGCUGCGUAUUUUUAAAGUCACACGCCAUUGGGCGUCUCUUAGCAACCUGGUGGCAUCACUGCUCAACUCUAUGAAGUCCAUCGCCUCUCUGCUCCUGCUGCUCUUCCUCUUCAUCAUCAUCUUCUCGCUCUUGGGCAUGCAGCUCUUCGGUGGCAAGUUCAACUUUGACGAGACACAGACCAAGAGGAGUACCUUUGACAACUUCCCUCAGGCUCUGCUCACGGUCUUCCAGAUUCUAACUGGUGAGGACUGGAACGCUGUCAUGUAUGACGGGAUAAUGGCGUAUGGUGGUCCUUCCUCCUCGGGAAUGAUUGUCUGCGUGUACUUCAUCAUCCUCUUCAUCUGCGGAAACUACAUCCUGCUGAAUGUCUUCUUGGCCAUCGCUGUGGACAACCUGGCGGACGCAGAGAGCCUGAACACAGCACAGCAGGAGGAGGCAGAGGAGAAGCAGAGGAGGAAGAGUGCACGGAGUGGGAGCACAGACCGGAGAGACGAUGAGGGCGGUGCCAAGGUCAUGGGGGAACUGUGUAUGGAGGAAGAGGAGAAAGACCCGUACCCUGCUAGUGAUAUUCCAGGGGCUGAGGAGGAUGAGCCGGAGCUUCCUGUUGGCCCGCGGCCCCGCCGGCUGUCUGAGCUGACCACGAAGGAGAAGAUCACACCUAUUCCUGAGGGCAGCGCCUUCUUCAUUUUCAGCAGCUCCAACCCAUUUCGGGUUGGCUGUCACAGGCUGAUCAACCAUCAUAUAUUCACCAACCUCAUCCUGGUCUUCAUCAUGCUCAGCAGUGUGUCUCUCGCUGCAGAAGAUCCCAUCCGCAACUUUUCUGCUCGCAAUAUCAUACUUGGUUACUUUGACUAUGCGUUCACGGCAAUCUUUACUGUUGAGAUCCUAGUGAAGAUGACUGCAUUUGGGGCUUUCUUGCAUAAAGGUGCUUUCUGCAGAAAUUACUUCAACCUGCUGGACUUACUGGUGGUGGGAGUGUCACUGGUAUCGUUUGGCAUUCAGUCCUCUGCCAUCUCCGUGGUGAAGAUUCUGAGAGUACUGCGUGUGCUCAGGCCCCUGAGAGCCAUCAACCGAGCCAAGGGCCUCAAGCAUGUGGUCCAGUGUGUGUUUGUGGCCAUCAGGACCAUCGGGAACAUCAUGAUCGUCACCACACUGCUGCAGUUCAUGUUCGCCUGCAUCGGAGUGCAGCUCUUUAAGGGGAAGUUCUACCGCUGCACUGACGAGGCCAAGACCAGCCCUGAGGAGUGCAAGGGGACCUACAUCCUGUACAAGGACGGGGACGUCACCAUGCCUGCCGUGCGUGAGCGGCUGUGGUACAACAGUGACUUCAACUUCGACAACGUCCUGGUGGCAAUGAUGGCCCUCUUCACCGUGUCCACCUUUGAAGGCUGGCCAGCACUGUUGUACAAGGCCAUCGACUCCAACCGGGAGAACAUGGGCCCUAUCUACAACUACCGUGUGGAGAUCUCCAUCUUCUUCAUCAUCUACAUCAUCAUCAUCGCUUUCUUCAUGAUGAACAUCUUUGUGGGUUUCGUCAUCGUCACGUUCCAGGAGCAGGGAGAGAAGGAGUACAAGAACUGUGAGCUGGACAAGAACCAGCGCCAGUGUGUGGAAUACGCCCUGAAGGCCCGGCCUCUACGCAGAUAUAUUCCUAAGAACCCCUACCAGUACAAGUUCUGGUAUGUGGUGAACUCCACAGCCUUUGAGUACAUCAUGUUCGUGCUCAUCAUUCUCAACACGCUGUGCCUGGCCAUACAGCAUUAUGGUCAGUCCCAUGUGUUUAACUCCGCCAUGGACAUCCUCAACAUGGUCUUUACUGGGGUCUUCACUGUGGAGAUGCUGCUCAAACUAAUUGCCUUCAAACCAAGGGGUUAUUUUACGGAUGCCUGGAACGUGUUUGACGCCCUGGUGGUUAUUGGCAGCGUAGUUGACAUCGUUCUCAGUGAGAUAGAUAACACAGAGGACAGUUCCAGGAUCUCCAUCACCUUCUUCCGCCUGUUCCGAGUCAUGCGAUUGGUCAAGCUGCUGAGCAGAGGGGAGGGCAUUCGCACGCUGCUGUGGACAUUCAUAAAGUCAUUCCAGGCUCUGCCGUAUGUUGCCCUGCUGAUAGCCAUGCUCUUCUUCAUCUAUGCUGUUAUUGGGAUGCAGGUGUUUGGUAAAAUAGCCAUGGUGGACGGCACACACAUCACCCGAAACAACAACUUCCAGACCUUUCCCCAGGCAGUCCUCCUGCUCUUUAGGUGUGCCACAGGCGAGGCCUGGCAGGAGAUCAUGCUGGCAUGUCUCCCCGGAAAACUCUGUGACCCAGAGUCAGAUUACGCCCCUGGCGAGGAGAGGUCUUGUGGAAGCAGCUUUGCGAUCAUCUACUUCAUCACUUUCUACAUGUUGUGCGCCUUCUUGAUUAUUAAUUUGUUUGUUGCUGUCAUCAUGGACAACUUUGACUAUCUCACUCGUGAUUGGUCGAUACUUGGCCCCCAUCAUUUGGAUGAGUUUAAGAGGAUCUGGUCGGAAUAUGAUCCCGAGGCAAAGGGCAGGAUUAAACACCUGGAUGUGGUGACCCUACUGCGCCGCAUCCAACCCCCUUUAGGAUUCGGCAAGCUGUGUCCCCACAGAGUGGCCUGCAAGAGAUUAGUUGCCAUGAACAUGCCUUUAAACAGUGAUGGUACGGUCAUGUUCAACGCCACCCUGUUUGCAUUGGUCCGGACGGCUCUGAAGAUCAAAACUGAAGGUAACCUGGAUCAGGCCAAUGAGGAGCUAAGAGCGGUCAUAAAGAAGAUAUGGAAGAGGACCAGCAUGAAGCUCCUGGACCAAGUAGUGCCCCCUGCUGGUGAUGAUGAGGUGACCGUGGGGAAGUUCUAUGCCACCUUCCUGAUACAGGACUACUUUAGGAAAUUCAAAAAACGCAAAGAGCAGGGCCUGGUGGGCCGACACUCAUCCAAGAACUCCACCAUCGCACUGCAGGCCGGUCUACGCACGCUGCAUGAUAUUGGGCCCGAAAUUCGACGAGCGAUAUCAUGUGAUCUGCAAGACAAGGAUCUUGUAGAAUUUAACCCUGACGAUGACGAGGAUAUUUAUAGGAGGAACGGUGGGCUCUUUGGCAAUCAUGUCAAUCACAUCACCGGAGACAGGAGGGGCUCUCUGUUCCAGACCAAUGCCACUCAGCGUCCCCUACAGAUCUAUCCUCCCCCCAACUACAAUCCCGCAAUGGACAUCCGGCACGGCAGGGGUGCAAACUCCCUGCCCCACAACCACAUCAACCAUCACCCCAACUCCUAUCCCAAAUCACCAAAGUCCACCAAUGCCAACCUCAACAAUGCCAACGUGUCCAGUUUCCCCAACGGGAAGCGGUGUCACCAGUAUGAGGGCUCCCCCACAAACGGGUACGCCUCCCAGGGUUCCUGCUUCAGGGGAGGCCAAGACAAGCACAGGAAGCCUCCAGGGAGAAGGACACGCUACUAUGAGACCUAUAUUAGGUCUGAACCGGGGGGCAGCCGUCACCCCACCAUCUGCAGAGAGGACCUGCAGGGUGGAGAGUGCUGUGAGGAGGACCGGCGCUCUGGGGAGGACAGCGAGGAGGAGUUCUACGAGGACGACAGCAUGCUGUCUCCAGACAGGACGUCCCAUAAGAAGCCCCAGGAGGUGUAUCCCACCAGGGACCUUGACUAUGAAAUGCCCAGGGGUUACCAUCACCCUCAAGGUUGCCAUGACGAUGAUGAGCCACCCAUCUACCAUGAGUCACGGACGUCACCGAAGAGACGGCUGCUUCCUCUCACUCCUCAAGCCCACCAGAGGCCAGCCUUCAGCUUUGAGUGUCUGCGCAGACAGAGCAGUCAGGACGAAAUCCCACUGUCACCUCGCCUGCCACAGCACACUGCUCUACCUCUGCACCUGAUGCAGCACCAGGUGAUGGCUGUCGCCGGUCUGGACUCGAGCCGAGCCCAGAGGCUGUCGCCGACCCGCUCCGUGCGGUCGUGGGCCACGCCUCCCACCACGCCCAGCAGCAGAGACCAGUCGCCCUACUACACCCCUCUGAUCCAGGCGGACCGGCCCUGCAGGAGCGUGAGCAGCAGCCAGUCGUCCGUGUGCAAAAGCUCCUGGUACACAGACCAGGCCGAAUGCCCACCGGCGCACCUGCAGGUCCCUGCCGAGUUCCGCGCCCACUACCACCAGAAAAGGGGAAGUGCCACCAGUCUGGUGGAAGCGGUUCUGAUAUCGGAAGGGCUGGGGAGAUAUGCGAAGGAUCCGCGGUUUGUUGCGGCGACGAAGCACGAGAUCGCAGACGCCUGUGAGAUGACGAUCGACGAGAUGGAGAGCGCCGCCAGCAACCUCCUGAAUGGCAGCAUCUCCACCGGGGUCAACGGGGAGAUGUUUCCCAUCCUCGACCCCAGGGACGAUCUCCUGGACUAUGCCGCCGGCUACAGCGACGAGGAACCAGAGCCGGGCAGAAAGUAUGAGGAGGACUUAGCAGACGAAAUGAUAUGCAUAACGACUUUAUAGCAUCGGCUAAACAAAGACAAAAAUGCACCUGCUGGCUAAUUAACAAAAGAAGUGCCUUCUUAUAGCGGGAUAUAAAAGGCACUGAUCUGUAGGUGAGAGGACUGGGACAGGCCUGUGUGUUUGAGUGACAGCUCCAGUGCACCUCUUACAAAGGAUCAGGACCCUUCUUGCCAAACAUAGCCCCGCCCCUUCAGCACUGAACCUUUUUCCAUGGAAAGCCUGUGGCAAUGUGUGGCUUCCCCACAGAGAGACGGACCCGCGAAACGGAUAUGUGCACUGUUACACAGGGCAGGGUAUUACAGGUGAUGACAAUCAUAGAUAUGAAGUAGCGUCAUUACCUCAGUUGAUUUAGUGUGCACUGGCAUAUCAAGCAAAUGGCUUUCUCUUGCAGAAAUACAACAAGAGAAUACAAGCAUAUCAUGCCCCUCCCCCAUGUAGGUCUGGGAUGUAGUUAUGUUUUUCAAAGUUUUUAAAACACUGUUCAUAAUUUAUAACAACCCACUUCUAAGAACAAAAAAUGAAUCAAUAACACCUACCAGUUUACAUAGGGAUAUCAGUGACAGUUUUUGUAUUAACAAACCAGAAUCUGUUUAUAUGGCUGUCAUAAAAUGGAGCAAAACAAUGGAAAUCAAUGGAAAUAAAAGCAUUCAAAACAAAUGCAGGUUAUUUUUGAAAUGCUGUUUGUUCAAUACUUCAUUUUAUAUGAAACAUACUGUAAAUCAGUUGUAAUAUACAAGUAAACAUUUUCUAACAAUGUUCUACAUUUUGUAAUUAUAUAUAAUUUUAAAACGCAGCAAUAUGGGUCCUGUAGCCAAUUCAAUUUAUAAAGACAAUGUGAAUAUUCAUACCCAUAAGAUAUGCAAAAUUGCUUUGUAUAGCUAAUACAAAUACUGUGGCAUUUUAAAAGCACCACCACAUAAAAUACUUUAAAAAAAAAAUGAAAUUCAUCAUAAAUUUCUUAUGCAGUGCAAUUUGUCCUGGCAUGUAUGAAAGGGCUGCUAAUUGAAGUCACUAUUUAAUUUAUUUUCUUUUGAACAAAUGGGAUUUCUUGUGCAGGGUAAAUGCACAAGCAAGUUCACUUCAAAUGCUAUUUACAUCAACGGUUCUGCUUAAUUCAAUUAAAAAUACUCAAUUUAAGACAUUUUACAUACUGUACAUACCUUCAGGAAUUUCUUUGAAAAUGAAAUCUGAACACUUAAUUGUACAGUCAUAAUCAGUAACUCCAAACCGGUAAAAUUCUCAGACUUUGACUAUGACUAUUUUUGUAGUAAACCCACAAAACAUGAUUAUUUGCAAAAUGACAUUUGUGUAACCCAUUUGUACAGCUGUAGUUCUAAUGGAGCCAUUAUGCUAUGGUACCUUGUCUCAAGGCUAUUACUGCAGUAUCCUAAGUGGGAUCACAAGCCGAUGAGCCUCAGGUCAAUAACCCAGAGCUUUAACCACAACACCAAAUGGUGCCCAAUUUAAAUAAAAUAUUUUAUUUUUCUAUGGAAAUUGCCCUUUUUAUGUUAAAAUGAAAAAUGUUCAUAAAGAAACUGGGAUGGAGAGUGGCACAGAUAUGUUCAGAUACAUUUGCUUAAUCAUGGGAACUUCUCAGAAGAGUCAAAGCAAUAGGACAGCCCUCGCCAGCCCAGUGGUAGCACAUGCUACAGUAUGCACUGCCUCCAAAGGAGGAGAGGAAAACAUAUCACUGUCUCUGACGAUAUGACCAUAUAUGUGGCAUGUAUCAACUAAAAAAUAAGAUUUUCCUAAUCAAAGACCUGUCCAGGUACCUUUAGACAAUUUGACAUUCAUUAGAAAGAAAAGAAAAUUUAAUUUGCUGUUCAUGUGCAUAUGCUGUGCUUUAAGUCCAGUGAACACUGUAAAGGCCUUUCAAGUAACAUUCCAUGUGCAUAUUGAAAGGGCUCUGAAUUUCAUGCUCUGGUCUCCUCGAUUAUUUUUUUAAUGACCCUCGUACAUUAAGCCACACUGAAAGUAGCAAUUAUAAGACUAUAAAUAUGCAUCCUUUUUUAAUCCGUUGUGUACAUUUUUGUUCAACUCGAGACUAAAUCAAGUUAUUUAUUUUACCUCACAUCAGGGAUUCCUGCAAGAAAAUAUAUGAUUUCAUUCUAUUCUAAUGAUGUUAAAAUACGAGCACAUAGCUGUCUACCACUGCACACAUAAAUUGUAUAGUGCUAUGGAGUGUUUCUCCUAUUUUUGUGUAAUAAGGUGGAUUAUUUGUACUUUCCAUGUGACUGUGUGUACGGUAUAGUGAAAUCUAUAUUUGUAAUUUACGAUGCCACUGACUUUACAAUGUUUGGAUAUGUUUAAAAACUGAAAUACAAGGCCUUUAUUCCUGUAUUACAACCAUUUUUGUGGGUUAAAAAAAUACAAUUAAAUCGUAAACUAUAAAUGCGUUUACAAAGAAAAACCUGUUCAGUCAUUUCUCAUGAUAGAUAUAUUAUUUAUUACUGUUAUUAAAUAUGUAUUGAGAUGUAGAGACAUAAAUGUAAAGUAUGUAUAAAAUAUGAAGCUAAAUACCUGUGGCAAUUUCUUCUACUUGAACUCCACAUGUAUGGCCUUUAAGGUUUUUAUUCAAGUUGUUUUCAGAGCAAAUAAUUUAGUACCCACUAGAUUUUAUAACAAUGAGAACAUUUUUGUAUGCCCGGAAUCAAAAUGAAAUACUUCCCACUUAUUUUCUAAUGAUUACUGCAGAAUAAAGCAACACUAUGAACCUCA